AGAAACUUACACGAGCUCGUGCCCACACGCUCACAGUCGAUAAAGGAAGACGAGCUGUUUAUAUCGGAGCGCCUCCUUAUUAACAAAUAGAUGUAAGAACAAAAUACAAGCUGGUGUAGACGGGAAAAGACGCGUAAAAGCGAAAGGAAACAAAUGGACUCAGAAGAAGAAGCAAACGGGGCUCAGAGCGAAGUCACGCUUAUGGCACAAUGAUAACUUCAGCACGGAUGUGUAGGUAACUUUUACAGGCGGAUUGAUUCAGAUGGCUAACGAGUCGUCAAACGGAACAGACAUCACUUACACCUACGUCCGCGUCUGUACGUCUGCGGCGGCCUUCGUGAUUUUGUUCCUUUUUAACUUCUUAAUUAACUGGACUAUAUUGCGAGAGCAGCGCCUGCGCAGUCAUGCGCGCUUCGUGCUCGUCUUCCACCUGCUACUCUCGGCCACUACUUACUUCGCCGUAUAUUUCAUCUUCUACCUGCAAAUCUACCAUAAAGCGAUGCUGCCGGCGUCCGCAUGCGCAGCCCUCAUCACUGUACUGGCAACGACCGCGUCCAACAUCCUUCUCACCAUCACGGUCAUGGCUCUGGACCGCUAUGUGGCCAUCUGCUUCCCGCUCCAGUACAGCAGCAUCCGCUUUAAGCACUGGCCCUGGCUGAUCGGGGCAGUCACAUGGGUGCUCGCGUCCAUCAUUCCUCUGAGCCUUUUCCGUACAGUGGCAGACAAAGGGAAUGUGCACUGUGACCGGGACCAGCUUAAACUAGGGGGACUACAUAAGAUUUUGCUCAUUUCUAUUUGCACUGUACUCAUUCUGUACAGUUACGUGCGGAUUUUGUGCGUGGGACGUCGCCUUGGUGUCCUGAACAUGAGGAACAGGGCUGGCUGCAGGACCAUCGCCUUCCACGGCGUGCAGCUUGCAGUGUACAUACUGCCAAACUUUAUUAACUUCAUGCUGCAUGUAUUGAAGGAAAAGAUGAUGAUUUCAUUAAACACCAAGGAACAUUUUGCGGUCAUUACGUUUGUUUUCUUCAGCCUGGCUCAGUGUAUCGCGCCUAUAGUCUACGGACUGCGCAAAGAGGAGCUACUGGAGCAGCUCAAGCUCCGCUUCCCUUAUUUAGCCUGCAGACUGAAGAGCUUGCUCGUGAGGACGGUGGCUGUCACUCACCCUGGACGUCAACCACGCCAACGGGAAAGGAGAAUGACAUCAGAGACUCUUUUAUCAAGAGAGAUAUCACAGACGACUGUGUGACCAACAGGGACAUGUACGCAGGGAGACUGGCUACAGAUUAAUAUAUUACUAGACUGGAUUUACACGAUACGCACACAUUUUUACACAUGAAAUCAACUGUGAAACAAGAAUAGACUUGGCAAUGAAGACUUGAUAGACCUGGCCAAUGAAGUGGCAGCUAUGUGCAGCAAAAAGUCCCUGAAAGCCUUGUUUUGUUCAGUGUGGAUACUUUUGGAGUGUUAAAACUGCAUUCUUUAGAGUACCGAUUCUAUGCUUAUUACAGGUCAUGCAAUAAAGCACAAGGUUGUUUUACAGGAUUAUCAGAGUAUUUAAGGUCGUUUUCACGGAUAGUCGUUUAGAAUAAACUACCGGUCAGCUUUUCCAGACUCAUUCCUCACAAACGUAAGUAUGUACCCUCCCUAUUAAGUUGCAUAACAGUGUCUAAAAAUAAUCAUACGAGUAAUUCCAAUAUCCAUUUGAACUUGACAGCAUUCAAGAAAUGCAAACAGAUCACUGAGACUAAGAAUUAUUGUGGGAGGAAAUAAGCCAUGACUACUUAUAGUAAUUAUUUUAUAAUUAUUUUAUAAUUAUUUUUACCAGUUUAUCUAACAUGAUUGUCUCAGUCAUAGAUGUAGCUAAAAUUUCAUCACUGCACCAAGUUCAAUUAUACAGUUAGGAAAGAUGAGUAGCAGACCACUAAGGACACUUGACUCUCAGAAAAAUGCCGUCAGGUCAGAACUCCUAAAGCUGUGAGAAUUUAAAGGGGUUAAACUAGCAAUAAUCAGACACAGCAUUUUCAUGUUAAAAUUUAAUGUUGUUGUUUACUUAUUUUUAACCAAAGGUUUCUUAUACAUGGAUAAAUACAUCCUACUGAGAGCUCUUGACAUUACUUUAGUCAAAUAAAGCUUUAAAAAUUUACUUCACUGUGAACAGGUAAUGAUCAAUUGUAUGCAUGUGUUUUUAAACCGUACCACAUUGUUUUGUAAUAAAUAUAUUUUUCAAGUUCUGCAAAUGUGUUAUAUGGUUAUAUAGACAACCAGACGGAGUACAAUUAGGGUUUACACCACUGAUUUCAUAUAUAUGCACAACUACAACCAUUGUGUGCAACAGGAACAGAAAACCCUGCAUGCACAGAACUUUGGGAAUGAAACCCCAAAACAGUAAACAAAAA